CCGCCCCUGCGCCCCGAGCCCAGCCCGUGCCUUUCCCUUUGCAGGAACGCGCUCCUCUUCAACAACGAGCUCAUGGCCGACGUCCACUUCGUGGUGGGGCCCCCGGGCGGGGCCCAGAGAGUGCCUGCCCACAAGUACGUCCUGGCCGUCGGGAGCUCCGUCUUCUACGCCAUGUUUUACGGGGACCUGGCCGAAGUCAAGCCCGAGAUCCACAUCCCGGACGUGGAGCCCGCGGCCUUCCUCAUCAUGCUCAAGUACAUGUACAGCGACGAGAUUGACCUGGAGGCGGACACCGUGCUGGCCACGCUCUACGCAGCUAAGAAGUACAUCGUCCCCGCGCUGGCCAAGGCCUGCGUGCACUUCCUGGAGACGAGCCUGGAGGCCAAGAACGCCUGUGUGCUGCUGUCGCAGAGCCGGCUCUUUGAGGAGCCCGAGCUGACCCAGCGCUGCUGGGAGGUCAUCGACGCGCAGGCGGAGAUGGCCCUGCGGUCCGAGGGCUUCUGCGAGAUCGACUGGCAGACCCUGGAGGUCGUGGUCACCCGGGAGGCCCUCAACGCCAAGGAGGCGGUCGUCUUCGAGGCCGUGCUCAGCUGGGCCGAGGCCGAGUGCAAGCGGCAGGGCCUGCCCGCCACCCCGCGCAACAAGAGGCACGUCCUGGGGCCGGCCCUCUACCUGGUCCGCAUCCCCACCAUGACCCUGGAGGAGUUCGCCAACGGCGCCGCCCAGUCAGACAUCCUGACGCUGGAGGAGACGCACAACAUCUUCCUGUGGUACACGGCGGCCAACAAGCCCCCGCUCGACUUCCCGCUGACCAAGAGGCGGGGCCUGGCCCCGCAGAGGUGCUCAAGCUCAAGCCUGGGGGUGGUCCUCGCCCAGAACCUGAUCAGGUUCGUGUCCGACGGCUCCUGCAGCACCUUCCUGGUCUGGUUCGAGCACCCGGUGCAGGUGGAGCAGGACACCUUCUACACGGCCAGCGCCGUGCUGGACGGCAGCGAGCUCAGCUACUUUGGGCAGGAGGGCCUGACAAAGGUGCAGUGCGGGAAGGUGACCUUCCAGUUCCAGUGCUCCUCCGACAGCACCAACGGCACCGGGGUGCAGGGCGGGCAGAUCCCCGAGCUCAUCUUCUACGCCUGAGGCCGUGGGCGGGCGGGCGCUGGGGGGACAGAGCCGCUCGCUUUCUCCCCCGAGGGACAGGCUUCAGAACUCCUAACCUUUUGUGCGCAGCUGGCUGUAGCCAGGGGUAUAAACGAGACGGUUCUACAUGGCCAGAGCCCAGGUUCUGAAUCCAGGGGGCUGGGCCUCGUCACAUCUCCUGCACAUUGGGGUGCACACUCAGGUGGAGGGCGGAUUUGGGGGGGGGCAGCCCGGACCCCACCAGAGGUGCCCACACCACCUGCUUUGUGGGCUUGGCCGUCCCUCCCACCCUCCUAGAUCUUGUUCUGAGUUGUUCUAAGCUUAAGACCUCCCACCAAAUCUAAAACCUGGGAAAAGUCAUUUAAUAUCAUUUCUCUUGAGUUUUAAUAAAGUGAGAGCCACAGGCAGAUAGGUG